GUGAACACCACAGCUUCAUUAAUACUCCUAGCAGCACGGUGUGUACACCUCAGGCUCAUUAAUUAACACUCCUGCAUCACAGUGCGUGCACCACAGCUUCAUUAACCCUCCUGUAUCACGCGGAAAACACAAUUCGAAAUUUUGAGGAGGCAAGAUGGCGGCUGAAGUGGUGAACGGAACCCACGUGAAGCUCAACGAUGGCAACCUCAUGCCACUGUUGGGCCUCGGUACAUGGCAGGCAGCGCAUGAGUCAGUGACAGAGGCGGUAAGGCGGGCGCUGGAGGCGGGCUACCGCCACAUUGACACGGCGUACUCAUACAUGAAUGAGGAGGCCGUGGGUGAAGGCAUCCGUCGCUGGGGGGGAGACAGGCAAGAAGUCUUCGUCACUACUAAGCUGCCGCUCAUUGCCAUGGGAGGUGGACGGGUUGAAAAGUUUUUACGGAAAUCUCUGAAGAAACUCGAGCUGGAAUAUGUGGACCUCUUCUAUGCAGCUCACGAGUCAGUGACAGAGGCGGUGCGGCGGGCGCUGGAGACAGGCUACCGACACAUUGACACGGCGUACUCGUACCUUAAUGAGGAGGCCGUUGGAGAAGGCAUCCGUCGCUGGGGGGGAGACAGGCGAGAAGUCUUCGUCACUACUAAGCUGCCGCUCAUUGCCAUGGGAGGUGGAAGGGUUGAAAAGUUUUUACGGAAAUCUCUGAAGAAACUCGAGCUGGAAUAUGUGGACCUCUUCCUGCUGCACUGUCCCUUUGGACUCCUGUACAGAGACGACGAUACGCUGCAUCCCCUUGACGCAGACGGCAACUUGGUGGUGGACUACGCCACGGACCACGUGGCGCUAUGGAAGGAAAUGGAGGCCGUGCGGGACCUGGGACUCGCCAAGAGUAUCGGCGUUUCUAAUUUCGGGACCGCGCAACUUCGACGACUUUUUGCAAUCGCAAAAAUACCGCCAGCUGUCAACCAGCUGGAGAUGCACGCCGAGUUCCAGCAGCCGGACAUGGUGGAGUACAGCCGCCAGACCGGACUUGUGCUCACCAGCUACGCCACCCUCGGCUCUCCUGGCAGGAAGGGCACGCCCUUUGGUGUAGGGAUCGUAAUCCCAUCACUGCUAGACCAUCCCGUGGUGCGCGUGAUCUCGGAGCUGACGAACAAGACCUCUACCAGAAUUUCAAGUAAUGUGGGGAUCGUAAUCCCAUCACUGCUGGACCAUCCUGUGGUGCGCGUGAUCUCGGAGCUGACGAACAAGACCCCAGCUCAGGUGUUGCUGAGGUACUUUGUGCAGCAGGGCAUCGUUGUCAUACCCAAGUCUGUUACCCCUGCGAGGAUUACUGAGAACGCCCAGGUGUUUGGCUGGCAGUUGCCAGCGUCGGCCAUGGACGCACUGCGUACGCUCGACCGUGGAGAAGAAGCGCGCUCGUUCAUGUUGCUCAGGACCCGAGGUUUCGAGCUUCACGCUGAGUGUCCAGUGACCAUAACAACAAGCAAUAGCUGAACGCCUUCGUACGCUGCAAUGCAUGGGCUCUUGGUAAUUUUCCUCCGCUGCAGAAUGGCGUAGUGCUCCUUCACGCAACCAUCAAUAAAUAAUAUAUUGGGAAGACAAUCAUGCAUGCACCAACUGAUGCCACAUAAUCAUGCGAAAUAACUUCUGUUGUACAUUAGAAAAAAUAUUCAUUUAAUGCAAUUGGAAGGUCCAGCUGCUUAAAAUAUCAAGUUAAAUCAAUCGCCUCCACAGAAGGGUUAGGGUGCGAGUCCGAACUUUUUCUGGGGCCAUACUUUCAAAACUCGCUAAGUGAACGUAAGUAUUUAUGAUCU